AUGGACCAAACACAGAGAAGAAUGCUGGACCAGCCCCUUUCCAUCCCUACUGCUCAGCCCAAGAAGAAAAGGACAUCAGUGAUAUCUUUCUUUUCCAAGGUCUCUUGGAAACUGAGGCUCCAGAAGCAGGAGCCUCUGAAGAAUGUGUUUUUCAACUUGGCAGAGAGAGCCUGGGACCCCAGUUUUAAAAAGCGUCAUAUGGCAAUAAGAAGCCUGGGAACUAUGGCCUGUGAGACCCCGGACAAGGUGAGAAAGUAUAAAAUGAUUGUCCUGGACCUGCUGGUGCAUGAACUGUAUGACCCUGUGAGUUCUGAAGUCAUCCAUGAGAGCCUGAAGACCCUGACCAUCAUCCUGGGCAAGAUCCAGGGGAAAGCCUUGGGCUCCUUCUUCAUAGAAAUCACCCUUCGGACCGGGACUUUGUUAGAUGAUGAGAAUGACAGCCUGAGAUACUCGGCCUUUGUCUUGUUUGGGCAACUAGCUGCCUUUGCUGGGAGGAAAUGGAAGAGAUUUUUCACCCGUCAGGUGAAGCAGACUCAGGAUUCUCUCCUGACCCAUUUACAGGAUAGGAAUCCCCAGGUUGCCAAGGCUUGCGAAACAACUUUUCGAGCCUGUUCUCCGUAUCUGAGACAAAGGAAGGACUACAGCUUCCAGAGUGAAGAGGAUCAAAGGAACCCUAAACUCUGCCGGCAGCUGAGCCACUAUCAUCCAGAGCUCCUGCAGUUCUUCUAUGCAAAUAAAAUCCUGUAAACACAGAGCAGCAGGGAAAUGGUUCCA